AUGGAUUUGCCAGAUAAAAGCCAGUGGGAUGAGACCACCUGUGACCUGGCUGUCUGUCAGCAUCCGCAGUGCUGGGCAACUAUCCGCCGGAUUGAGAGGGGCCACCCUCGACUUCUGGACCCCUCCUCCAAAUCUCUUCUGGAUACUGAAGACAAGCUCCCAGUGCUUACCAUUGUAAACAUCACAGAUUCCUGCUUGCCGGCCAAGAGAGUUAUUCGUCGGCGUCACUUACCAGGAUUUACCUUCACAAAGGCUCACACUUUAUUGAGUUCAAAGUUUGACUCCAAGUUUCAAGGCAGGCCUUGGAAGGAUUUACCUGACAGAGACUUAAUGAACCGUACUGACAGAUCUCCCAAACUAUCAGUGCUGAAUUUGAAUGAGACAAAGCUUCCUUGUCCUCAAGAUGUAGGAAAUAUGGAUAUCAUCUGGAUCCCAGAGAAGCAUGAGGCUAGAGUGGUGGUGGGACAAUGUGGCAUUGAAGAGAGUGCUACAGGGAGUUCUUUCCAUGGUUUUUUCUUCCAGAAACACAAGUUGGAACUUCCAGGGAUAAUUGUACCGCCUCCCACCCCAGGACACUUGUAUGAGCAACUAAGUUCAGAAUCCUUACCUUUAUGGAAGCAGUUUGACAUGUUGCCUCAGGAUCUGCUGAAGGACCUCUUGCUGGAUAAAGGGAAGACCAUACUUUAUCCAGAAAUGCAGACACAGUUGGCCAUGAUGAAAAAGAAACCUCCCCUGGAAAAGAGCCGGCCUGACAGUGCCAUUUCUGCUAAGAUGUAUUUAUCUGUACACCGCCUCACCCUACAAAAACCAGCAUUGAGAUAUCCUGAACAUUUGAAGAAACGCUAUUCUAACCUGAAAAUAGAUGGUCACAGGAAGCAGCAGCGGCAGCAACAGAGGAGGGUGAAGACAGCCACUAGGAAACAGGAGGCUAGAAAGAGAUGCAGGAAUGAACCAGGGAGACACAACAGCUCGCACAGACGUUCAGGUGCCGUGGUUGGCGCCCCACGCCAUGGUCGCAAAACUCUACGAGGUCAGGAAAGUGACAGAAAGCAGCAGCAGCAGCAGCCGAUGAAGACAGAAGGCCCCACCCUGAAACAGGAUUCCACAGAGAGAUCACAGACAAACGUCGCUAAGGAAUCGCUGGACUCCUCCCGCAGUCCCGAAUUACCCCAAAUAGAAUACAAUAAGAAGGACAUCAGGACUCAGAUGGAGAUUUUGCUGGAAGACCAAGUGAAGACCCCAGAGAGCGCUUCUGGCAUCAGCUGGAACCCUGAGCUCAAACUGCUGAGGAUUCUUCAGGCCACAGAUGAAGAGGACGAGGAGAUCCAUCCCUCCGGGGCGCAGAGUGAAGUGUCCGAGGUGUAG